UCACUUCCUUGGAGCCCGGGGAAGCCGCGGGCAGGGGAGCGGCCGGCUCCAGGACCGCCAAGCUCGGAAGGAGGAUCUGACUGCACUGAGAAGUUGUGUGUGCAGAGAAGUCCGCGCACGUCGAACGUGGACAGCCAUCCGCGCGGCACGGCCAGCCCUCCGUGGAACACUCAGGCCGGGUCUGCGUGGCCACAUGCUUGCCCGUCGGCAUGGGGGGCAGGCGGAGCCCUCCUCGGAAUUACACCUUGCCGCGGUCCCCGGGCUCCGCGUACAAAUGGACGUGAAUCGCUCCGUGGGCAGAGCAGUCCGAGCCGGUUCUCCGGUCUCCCGGGGCUCGGGGCUCGGGGCUCGGAGGCAGCUCUCGGGGGCCGAAGGGCGGGGCGGGGCGGGGCCCCCACGGACCAGAAGAGCCCGCUCUGGGAGAGGGCUAGUGCGGACGGGAUCCCGAUCGUCCCGGGAAAGUGCCCUCUUCCAGGGCGCCCUCGUUCUGGACGCACGUCCACAGCCUUCCUCCCCACCUCCAGCCUUUAGUCACCGCAUCUGGAGACGGGCAGACGCGGGCCAGAGCGUGAGAAAGGCUCCGAGCCGCCCUACCUCGGACGUCCCGGAUUGGUGCGGGAUCAAAGCUCUCCUCAGCAGCUGCAGCGGAAGUGACGUCAGCUUCACCUGCUGGCGCUGGUGUGGGCUGGGAGAGGGGGAGGGCGCACCACCUCCGAGGGCUUGGCGAGCGGGGCUGGGAGUGAGACCUGCCGACCGAGCUCCCACAAAGGAGCCAACGCAGUCGGUCCCUCCAGCCCGAGCGCCGUCCCGGCCCGCCGUCUCCUCCGCGAUGGAGUCUCGAGUGCUCCUGGCGCUCCUGUGCUGGACAGCGGGCAUUGCCAGAGGUGUGAUUAUAACGUCCACUGAAGAGAAGUUCGAAAAGGCCAAGGGAGAAACCGUCCAUUUGCCGUGCAAGUACACACUGGACUCGACAGACGAGAAAGCGCUGAACAUUGAAUGGACCAUAUCGCCUGGGGACAUUAAGAAAGAAGACCAGGAGAUCAUUUUAUAUUCUAAUGGCCAGGUUUAUGACCAUUACUCUAAAGACAUGAAAGGACGAGUGUAUUUUACAAGCAGUGAUCCCAGCUUAGGCGAUGCAUCGAUCAAUGUAACAAAUUUACAAUUAUCAGAUAUGGGUACAUAUCAGUGCAAAGUCAAGAAACUCCCUGGCAUUGCGAACAAAAAAAUGCAGCUUUCUGUGCUUGUUAAGCCUUCGGGGACAAGAUGUUUCAUUGACGGAUCCUCGGAGAUUGGCAGCGACUUUAAGCUGAGAUGUGAAUCAGCCGAAGGUUCGCUGCCUUUACAUUACGAGUGGCAGAAAUUGCCUCCUACAGACAAAUUUCCUUCCGUGCCGUCAGCAGAACUCACCUCGCCCGUCAUUUCUGUACGGAACGCCACUCCGGAGCACUCGGGCACGUACAGCUGUUCAGUUAAAAACAGAGUUGGCGUGGAUCAGUGUCUGCUGAGGGUGAACGUCGUGCCCCCUUCAAACACGGCGGGCACCAUCGCUGGAGCCGUCAUAGGGACGUUCUGUGCCCUGUUGCUGCUCGGUCUCCUGAUCUUCUGCUGCUGUAAAAAACGCAAAGAGGAAAAGUACGAAAAGGAAGUUCAUCACGAUAUCAGAGAGGAUGUUCCUCCCCCCAAGAGCCGCACGUCGACGGCCAGAAGCUACAUGGGCAGCAACCACUCGUCUCUGGGCUCCAUGUCUCCUUCCAACCUAGAAGGCUACUCCAAAGCUCAGUAUAACCAAGUGCCGAGCGAAGACUUGGAUCGCGCUCCGCAGAGUCCGAGCUUCCCGGCGGCCAAGGUAGCCGCCUCCAAUCUAAGCCGAAUGGGGGCCGUUCCCGUCAUGAUCCCGGCACAGAGCAAAGACGGCUCCAUAGUGUAGACGGUCUCAGCCUUUGUCUCUUCAGACUCUUCUUCUCUGGAAUGGGGGAAGCUGCCAACCUAGAAAGAAAGGGCUUUGGCAGGCCUAGAGCAAUUGAACGUGAUCCAAUCAAAAGAGGCAUCUUCAAAAAACCUGGUUUCCUUGACCCGAGCUUGAAUUCUGCAUUACUUAAAAACUGAGCGUGUUCUUUCACCUUCCAGCUUGCUCCCUCGCCCAUUUCCCAGCAUUCUUGUGAGGAUGCGCGCUGUGGAUCUUAACGUGUUUUCUCACGACUAACUACGGUUGUUCAAAAGAAGAGAUCAGGCAGAGGACGGAAGGGAAUUUCCUGACGAACAGGGUUUUCCCUCCUUCCUUUAGGAACAACCGACUUCACAGAUACUUCGUGUCCACCAGGAAAAGCAGCACAUCCUGUUCCUCUUCUGGUUUCCUCAGCCCUGAUCUGUAGCGUAGCUAUCUAAAACCCUCUGAAACGGAGGAGAAUGCUCAAAAGAACGAAAGUGUGUAAAAUGGCUGUUCUGGAGUCUGUUGGAUGGCAGAGUGCGUGCUGCCGCGAUGAGCUGCGCUCUCCACUCUAAUUGGGUGCAGAUAUUUCGCUCAAUCUUUUAGCAUGCGGACACGCUGCCAGAGUAGCUCAUUUCCUUUUUUGUUGUUGUAUUUAGUCAUGAAGGAGCAGCUGGUAGAUCCUCCCAAAAGCCUACGAGGUGCCCAUUUGGCCACGGUCUUCACGGAAAAGCCAUCCAGACGCCUGGUCUACCUCCUGUGGCCAGCGACAAACGUUUGACCCAUCGAGGUCAGGCUACAGAUGAGAGCCGCCGCCCUGUGUUAAGGAAUAUGGUUUAUUGCCGUGUGUGCGCUUAACACUUAAACUAGCGAAGUCCAAGCUGACCAGAUAUUCGGCUGCCUGUUUCAGGCUGUGUAUUUAUGUGAAUGAAAUCAUUAUUUAUGCAAUUUAAAACACACACACAAAAUAAGCCUGCCAGACCUUUAAACAUGUCCUACAUACGUUCCCCCCUCCUCCCCCCGGCAUAUUUUUCCCCCAAAAUGCGUGUAUGUCUAUAUUGACAUUUUUCAUCCAUUUCCAAGACAGAAACCCACCAUCAGGUUUAUUUUUCCAAGGAUGCCUUUUCCUCCAUGAAUAGCGUAAAUGUACAGCUUUCAGCUCGUGUGUCACGCUCUUAAAGAAGCUUUGUGUGAUACUUACAAAAACUUGAAGUAGAGGACAAUUUCCUCCGUAGUUUUCUGAAAAUUAAUCCUUUUUAGCAACCUUAAGUAUUUUAACACCAAGUAUGUUAAAAAUAGAACUGCGCAGCCUAACCUCAGUAGAAGUGAAUUUUGCGUUUCCCGCUUUUUCCCCAAUAUCUGCUGUGAACUUCAACGCUUUUCCCCUUGUAGAUUGUCAGAAGAACUUAGUUCCUGAGAAACUUUGGAGUGCUUUACUUGUAAAUAUUCCAUCGAAAAGGCUGUUGUGAACCUGGAGUUAUGUGCUGUUUCCUGUAUGCGACUAAAUGGCUAAAAUGCUGAACUUUGCUUUUUUGUCUGUGCGUAGUUUUUGCUGUACCCAAGUAGGACGGAGAUAAACUUGCAUCUGUGCCUUUAUGGUGAACUCAUCAAGCAUUUCUGUGCCCAUGAACCAGCCAUCAUGAAAGGUGCUUAUGGGAAAGGGACUGUUCUUUAACAAAGCACAUCACUGUGAUACCUUCUAUUUUGCUUUUUUGCUGCCUUUUUCUACGUGUCCUUUUUGGAUAUCAUUGAAAUGCAUUUAAAGAAUUAGGUUUUUGUUUUGAAUAGCCAUUUAACAACUAUUUUCUUAUGUUCCCGGCUCCUGUGUUCUUAGAUUUCUUUUGACUGCUAGAAAUUUAGAAGUUAUUUUGAUAAUAGUAAAAUGAGUAUAAAAAUGGAUUAUGAAACAACAACUUAAAGAUUGGAUCUUUUUUUUUCCCGCUAAGGAGUAAGCUAGAUGCUGUGUCAUAUGUGUACAAUAUGUGUGUGACUUUGAAAACUGAACCCUGUAAAUUUAGAAUUGAUAAGUGGAAAAAUCCAUUCUUUAAAAGAAAAAGUUAUCCCAUUGGAGAGAGACCUGUCUGCCAGUCGAUGGAUGUCAAACUGCACGAUGUGUGUGAUAUCUCCUUUCUCAAGUAACUUAUAAAAGUUUCGAGUUUUCUUUUGUGAACUUGCACGGGGGCAAAUUUAGAGUAUCUGCUGUGAGCUGAUGGAUUUCGUUCUCUUUUUGAACCGUGCAAACCACAUUUUAAAAUGCUGAAACUGUAGGUACUUGAUUUUGUUUAUGUUAGUCAAGAAAUAAUUUGUAGCACAUAGGAGUUGGCACAAUUUUAACUAUUUUCGGUGGCUUGUAGAAAUCUACAUUGGCCUUCAUUAUAUUCAUACAUCUCUUCUAUUUAGUACUUUAAUAAAAUGUUUCAGGAAAGUUUUAAUUCUAAAAAGUUCCAAUAAAGCCAACAUUUCACAAUAGAAUUUAUUACAGCAAUAAUAACAACAUAUUUGUAGUUUUUUACCUUGUGAGCUCAGAAGAAUUCUCACUACAAACUGUAAUAAAAAUUGUGAAAUUAAAA